GUUGUGAAGGGUGCUGUCACCGCGGACUCUGAAAAUAUAAGGAAACUGUCAUAACGAUUGACAACUUCCAUCGCUCGAAGAUGACUUCUGCUGCCAGUUCCCGUGUGCAGUUCAUGUUGACUACCGCCCGGCAAAUGUCUUUUCGGAUGAGGCAAAGAGCUCAACAAACAAGAGCAAAACUGGGACGUUUCGUCGAAGGAGAGGCGUCGGCAGUUACAAUGUUUCUGAGCGCUCGUCCAAACUACUACCUGGUUCCAGUCCUGCCCUCUCUGGCUUUCUUCAAGUCAACCAGCUCCCCACAGAGCAAAGAACCUGAGGGGAAUGCAGAGACAAACUUGAUUCAGGAAGCUGACAAACUGUACGACAGGUUGGACACAGAGCAGUUGUAUGCGCUUCUCAUGCCAUAUUCUCAGUCAGAAAAUGCAGACAUCGUGUGGAGACUGGCCAGAGCCAUGUCUGAUAAAGCCAAGCUGACAGAUGACAAGGAAGUGAAGAAAACUCUCCUGUUUGAUGCCUUGAAGUAUGCUGAAAGGGCUUUGGAAUUGGAUGAUCAGAAUUUCGCCUGCCAUAAGUGGUAUGCCAUUCUACUUCAUUACGUGGGAGAGUUCCAGAGUACCAAACAGUCCAUUGUGAACUCCUAUCUGAUCCGUGACCACUUCAAGAAAGCCAUAGAGCUGAAUCCAUCAGAUGCGACAUCUAUCCAUUCGCUGGGAAACUGGUGUUAUGUGGUGGCUGACCUGCCUUGGUACCAGAGAAAAAUCGCCUCCGUAGUUUUCGCCACACCACCUACGUCAAGUUUUGAAGAGGCAUUAGGCUAUUUUCUACAAGCAGAGAAAGUGGAUCCCAAUUUCUACAGUAUUAACCACCUACUAAUUGGCAAAUGUCACCUGAAGUUGAACAAUCCAGAUUUGGCCAGGGAAUUUUUGUCCAAAGCUAGGGAUAACAAGGGUAAAUCUGUGGACGAUGAAAAGGCCAGAAAAGAGGCAGUGGAAUUGUUAAAACAGAUUCCCCAAGCGUCUUGAUAUUUGAUCGCAUUCACUGUAAUAUUGAUCUCAUUCUCUGAAGUGAUAAACAUAGUUUUUUCUAGGACAACUUGCGUUAUUACUAACGGCUAGUUUGUUCAGGUUGGAUACGUUGAAAUCAGGAUUGGACGUCCAUGGUAACAGGGUUAUUGAGGUUUAGAAAAAAAGCAAUGGCUUUAUGUGGGACGAAAUGCUCAAAGAUUUUGAAAGUAAUUCCGUUGAGUGACUUGUCUACCUCAGAAGAUUGUUGGAAAAUCUGUUAAAAUUUUAUCCCAGUGGAUAAGGGAUGAUAUGGCGACAACCGGUACCUUGAAUGAUUGUGGACUAAAUCUUGCGCUGAACACUAAAUCUCCACCUAAUCUCGAAGAUAUUGUCUAGGAAACUAUAAUUGGAGGCCUAAUCCCGUCAAAAUAUCGCCAUUUUCUCCCAAUCUUACCUCAUCUUUAAACGUGAUGAGGUAAACGUGUGUGUUGCUAAUUUCUGUAUGAUCGCAGCAUUCUGGCGAGAAUGAGACAAAAGACAAGAUUCUGACGAGAUUUGAUAGAGAAUCAGCGUGCAAUACAAAUAUUAAUAUGAGAAGUGGAGAUUCAAUCGAGGAAGCCAGAUUUUAAAUAAGACGUGAAAUGUUAAUGAGAACGCAAGAUUCCUACGACGACCGUCAUUCUCGAAUUUUCGACUUUUAAGUAGUGUUCUUCCUGCUUUAUGACUUGGUAGUGGGAGAGGCUCGGCACCUUCCAGCUACCACAGCAAUGUAAUCUGCUGCAUCUCCGUACAUAAUGAAGACAGCUGGAGCAAUGGUAUCAGCAUGGGCACUGGUAUCAACAGGGAUAUAGGUGUCAUUAGGAGAAGAGGGAACAGUAGCAAUGGAAUCACCAGGAGCAAUGGUAUCAAGGGGAGCAAUUCCAUGUCCAUACCUCAGCAUUACAGGAAAACGCUAUCAUUUGAUGGACAGUUGGCGUUCGAUGUCAUUUAUUUUAUGAAUCAUGUGAGUGAAAAUCGACAUAAAUAUUCAACACAGUACACUGGAAAUCUUCCAACCAACAAAGUUGACAAAUUUAUGGUGCUAAUGUUAAGUGGCAUUUCGCACUGUGUAUUCCUCUUUUGAGGGUCUUGUUAUUGGGUAUGCAUAGGCGUGUCAAGUAUUUUUUGAUAUAACUAAAACUAAUGACAUUAAAACAAAUGUAUGCAAACACUAUAGUGAUAUUAUUUACACAAUUGGCAUGCUCUUGUUUUUGUCAUGGUAAUUUUAUCCGUUGACACCGACGUCUGUUAAGAUAUAUUUCAAUCCCUUUGUUCACAUUUAAAUGUUUAUGUACGAUUCUUAGCAUGAUGGCCAAGUGUUCGUAAUAAUACAGGUACAUGCUGAACCAAGCAUCUGCGUCGCCUUAGCUUGAUGGCCAAAGUGUUCGUAAUAGUACAGUUACAUGC